ACUGUUGAUGGUGAAAUGGAAAUCGGAGGCAGAAGAUUGAAAAGUAGAGAAACGAUGGCUGUUCAGUCCGUGACGCAGUCGGCACCUCCUCCGAGAUCAAAUCCAACCAACACUUUUAUCGAAAACCCCAAAAUACCCUUCGGAGUUGCUCUGUUAUUUGCCGAUGCCGUCCUCGUCUUUCUCAUAAUUGCAUUUGUCCCUUAUACAAAGAUAGAUUGGGACGCUUACAUGUCACAGGUUAUCGGGUUUCUCAGAGGAGAGAGAGAUUACCGGAACCUGAAGGGUGACACUGGCCCUCUUGUCUACCCUGCUGGUUUUCUAUACAUUUACUCUGCAUUCUACUACCUUACUGGUGGACAAGUUUACCCUGCUCAGAUUUUGUUUGGAGUGUUGUAUGUCAUUAAUCUGGCAAUCAUUCUCUUCAUUUAUGUGAAGACUGAUGUGCUUCCAUGGUGGGCCCUUUGCUUGCUUUCUCUGUCAAAAAGAGUACAUUCUAUCUUCGUGCUUCGACUCUUUAAUGAUUGUGUGGCGAUGACACUUUUUCAUGCUGCAUUACUCUUACUCAUGCAUCGAAGAUGGAAUCUAGGUUUGAUUAUGUUUAGUGGGGCUGUUUCGGUAAAGAUGAAUGUGCUUCUUUAUGCUCCACCUUUACUGCUCCUCAUGCUGAAGGCUAUGGAUAUCGGUGGCGUCUUAUUGGCUUUAGCUGGUGCAGCACUUGUUCAGAUAUUAGUGGGGCUUCCUUUCCUGAUUUCACAUCCAGUUGCGUACAUAUCGAGGGCCUUUGAUCUUGGCCGUGUCUUCAUCCAUUUCUGGUCUGUUAACUUCAAAUUCGUCGCUGAACCAGUGUUUGUAUCGAAGGGAUUUGCAAUCUUUUUGUUGGCUGCUCACCUCAUAUCACUUGCUUCAUUUGCACAUUAUAGAUGGUGCAAACAUGAAGGACGGCUUCUCAACUUUCUGCAUUCCAGAUAUCUCUCUAUGAGGCUGAGGUUUGCGCUUUACUUCUCCUCUUCUAAGACGUUUAACAAGAGCAGUUCAUCAUCCAUCAAGAUCCUUACUAAAGAACAUAUUGUGACAACUAUGUUUGUUGGAAACUUCAUUGGAAUUGUAUGUGCUCGGUCGUUGCAUUAUCAGUUCUAUUCAUGGUACUUCUAUAGUUUGCCUUACUUGUUAUGGAGAACGCGUUACCCAACAUUGCUGCGUUUGAUUUUGUUCGUGGGAGUAGAGCUAUGCUGGAAUAUCUAUCCUUCAAACAGCCUUUCAUCAGCGCUACUCCUCUGCCUUCACUUAAUUAUUCUUUGGGGUUUGUGGUCUGCUCCCCCUGAGUAUCCUUACGAAGAAAAUAAACCACGCUCUCACAAAGAUAAAUAGAAGUUUAAAGGCUCAUCACCCUCUAUUUUCUGGAGGAAAAGGGAUGACUUAGACAAAUGAUUUAUCCCUUAUCACUUCUUUCCCCGUUGAUGUAAAUGUUUGUGAUGUAUCUUGGAGAAAGCCUCAGGAUUACUAACUUGGAUGUAAAACAGAACAUAGGAGCAACAAUCGAUUUCGGUGCCCACGUUUUGAUAAGGUUUAUGUUUUAUUUUCAAUUCCAUUGAUAACUCUGAAACUUUUGCAUUUGGGGGAAAAGUGUUUGUCUUUUUAAAUGAUACAACUUAUAUCCUUU